GUCGGGUCGCUCCCACACUUCCAAGAUGGGUAAUGGUAGCAAACCCUAGUCGGCAACCAUUGCGGUCGCUCGUCAGCGGCAGGGAAACUCUUGUAGGAGACGAAUCUACCCGAUCAGCAGCGAAGCUGACAUGGCAUUGAAGUAUGGUGCUGCUCGACUCGCAAGCAAUCUUCGGCAUCAUUAUGCUCGGAGCGCUUCCCUUCUCCAUUCUCACGCCACCAGUUUCGGAUUUAAAGAGGUAUCAGAAGAAGAAAAAAGUAAGCUGGUUGGUAAUGUCUUCAACAGCGUUGCUUCAAACUAUGAUCUUAUGAAUGAUCUGAUGAGUGGUGGAUUGCAUAGAUUAUGGAAGGACAGAUUGGUUUCGAAACUGCAUCCUUUCCCUGGUAUGAAGCAUCUUGAUGUUGCUGGUGGGACAGGUUUGCAUUUUACAACUUUUAGGGUAUUGAAGCGAGGAGGCAGGUUUCUUUGCCUAGAACUCAGUCAUGUCGAGCAACCCCUCUUCAAGCAAAUUUAUGACUACUACUCGUUCAAAGUCAUUCCAGCAAUCGGAGAGCUUGUAGCAGGUGACAAGGAGUCUUAUCAAUAUUUGGUAGAGAGUAUCCGUCGAUUCCCUAACCAGGAUACUUUUGCUCGAAUGAUAGCUGAUACUGGAUUUCAGAAAGUUGAAUAUGAGAAUCUUGUGGGCGGAGUUGUUGCUAUUCAUUCUGCUGUAAAGUGGUAGGGAAAGCCUUGCAUCUGAGAAAUUAUUCCGUGCGGACACCGAAUGUCAUACAGAGAUCAACCAGAAUGCGCCACAUCACCCCUUGCUCAGUACUGUUGCUUGGUACUGAUGACGUGCUGCAUUCUGGUUGGUCUCCGAACGCCGUUCUGCGUCUGGUCUCCGCACAGAAUAAUUUCUCCGCAUCUCAUUCAACAAUUUUCACUUACUGUUGAUAUUUAGGUUUCGUUUGGAACAACUUUUUUGUUGCAUUCUAAAACAGCUUUUUAGUACAUAAAUUUUUUGAAUUUGAUAAUUUUAUACUAGAAAGUUGUUUUAUAAAGAAGUACGAAAGCUGUCCCAAACGAAAUCUUAAUUUGUUGCAGUUUCUUCUUGGCAUUAGUGUUCCAAACAAUUAUGUAUUUUUUCUUAGCUGGAAUUAUCUGUGGCAUGGAUCUUAAGGAGAACAAAAAGUUCUUGGUGUAUUCAAUAAGUUUUUUUUUU